UCCUGCCAUCUAUCUGAUACUGUGAUGAUGAAGACCCAGCAGUCUCUUCAUGUGGCCACUCCAGUGAGGCAGAGCCUUGCCCUGACUAAAGUAGCUGGGACCUCUGUUUACCUCAAGUUGGAUUCAUCUCAGCCUACCGGCUCCUUUAAGAUCAGGGGCAUCGGACACCUCUGCAAAACUUGGGCUGAGCGGGGAUGUGAGCGGUUUGUCUGCUGUUCAGGAGGAAACGCUGGUAUGGCAGCAGCUUAUUCUGCCCGUCAGCUCGGGGUACCUGCAACCAUAGUAGUUCCAAGUGUUACACCAAACCCAACAGUGGAGAGGCUGAAGGACGAAGGCGCCACUGUGGUUAUCCACGGCAAGGCUCUAAAUGAAAGCAUUGAAUACGGACAGCAGCUUGUGGCAAAUAACCCCAGCUGGAUAUUCAUCUCUCCCUUUGAUGAUCCCCUCAUCUGGGAAGGCCACACGUCUCUGGUGAAGGAGCUGGAGCAAGACCUACAGGAGAAGCCGGGAGCGAUAGUGCUGUCGGUGGGAGGCGGAGGCCUGCUGAACGGAGUGGUGGAGGGACUGCGUCGUGCUGACUGGGCUGACGUGCCCAUUGUAGCCAUGGAAACCAUGGGAGCACAUAGCCUCAAUGCAGCAAUGAAGGCUGGGGAGCUGGUCACUUUACCUGAAAUCACCAGUGUUGCAACCACGCUAGGCCUGACGAGGGUGUCCUCACAGACUUUUAAACUGGUGGGCGAGCACAAAGUCUUUUCAGAAUUAGUCACAGACCAGGAGGCUGUAAAAGCUGUGGAGCGCUUCGUAGAUGAUGAGAAGAUCCUGGUGGAGCCUGCCUGUGGUGCUGCCCUGGCAGCUGUGUACAGUAACAUUAUCAAAAGGCUGCAGGAUGAGGGCAAGCUGGCUCAGCGCCUGGGCCCAGUGGUCAUUGUGGUGUGCGGCGGCAACAACAUCAGCAUGGAGGAGCUAAGUAGGCUGAAAAAACAGCUCGGUGUUAUCUAGCGUGGCCGACUACCUCGGGUCCUCCUGACCUUUCCUCCAUUCCUCCAUCAGCUGGUCUCAAUCCACAAAGCCCAAUAUCCAUGUGCUCUAUAGACCAAAUCAUUCCAGACUGAGAGACUAUCCUGAGCACUGAGACUGAGACAAAUGUGAGAGAGCUGUGAUGCUGCUCUGGUAUAGAGGUAGUU